CUUUUUUCUCCACAGAGAACGUUUUCCCGUCUUCUUUAUUUUACAGAACAGUUAUGGAUAAUAAUCCUUUUCGCAGCACGCCAAAUGCAUAUAACCAUCCUGGCAGUACCAAUGGACCGUUAAUGCCGUCCAUGCAAUCGCCUUCGGGUCCAUCCUUUGGUGGUUAUCAGAAUGCCCAGUCAAUGCCGCAACCGCAAUCGUACCAGCAGCAACCCUUUCAAUCGUCCUACCAACAACAGCCGGCACAGAAUCAAUACAUGAAUAGCCAGAUACCGCCUUCGUCGUCGUCCAUGUAUCAACCUUCGCAGACGGGCAGUAACUUUUACAAUGGCACCGGUUAUGCGCAACCGUCUCCAAUGUCGACCUCGGGUUACAAUCAACAAGCAUUCAACCCAAUAUCGUCGCCUGGGUUCUCCGGUCUCCAACAACCUAGCAUGACCGGUCACUUUAAUAAUCCUAAUAAUAAUGCAAUGGGAGCUUCCAACUAUGGACAACAGCAACAACCGAAUUUCACACCCGCCACGACUUCGUUUCCCAACAACAACAUGUACCAGCACGCUCAGCCGUUUUCAUCCACCCCGUUUUACGGCCAGCCAGGUUCCGUGCAACAUGACCCCUCCAAUUUCUAUAUCCCGCCUAAUUUUGGACAAUCCUCCAAUCCACCGUCGAUGCAAUCGCAACGUCCCAAACAUCCACCGGUCGAUGCAAGCUCUUUAUUAAAAAGUGGUAAAGUACGACGAGUCGAUUGCCCUGUUUGUGGAAAAACCAUUGAAGGCGACGAUCCAGCAAUUAACCAUCACGUUAAUGAGCAUUACAGUUAAUGGGUAUUUGUUUUAUAUAAUAACAAUGGGC